UGCUACCCAAACCACAAGCCAUAGAGAUGGCGGGUAAAGCUUCCUGUUUAUCCUUUAGUCCUCUCGGUCGAGGACGACGACCCAUAAAUUUUAGAUAAUAUCGUACGUUGACGGGUCUCCGUCUCGUCGCCUUCCUUGAACCCAAGAUUUCUGCUACUGACAACAACUGGCUUCCUCUUAUUGGACGCUUGGGGCUCAGCUUUCAUUGAACUGCUGGGUUCUCUCUCUCAUUCCCCUUCAACCCAUUAUUACAGUGGCUAAUCAUGAUCAAAUAUUCAAAUCCUUUGAGAGGCUAACAAAAAGCCUCGACACUCUGUUUCUUCUUAUAUAUCAUUCCGUCUGGGUUUUUGACUCCAUGCAUGCAGGUUUGUGGUUUCGCUGUUGGUAGAGUCUGGGUUUUUCCUCGAUCAUGAUUCUCUGGAACCCUUGCUUCUUGUUAGCACUGCUUAUUUAUGGUACAACUGCUGCACCAAAGACGCCAUGAAGGACCGAGUUCUGCUGCUUUAAAAUUAGCGAAAGUUCGGCGAUGUUUUUUUCUGUUGAGGAACUGUCUAGCGGUGUAGCAAUCUGUAGUGGUCUGAACACUUGAGCCGAAUUCUGUUUUACUGAAAGUGGAAUUAAGAUAUGCGUAUACAAUAGGGUAGUGGCAUAUAUGUUGGUGCAUAGUUGCUUGGAGCUCUCUCUGGAAUUCUUCUCUUAAGCUAGGAUAUCCUCUUCUUCCUAUUCCUCUGCUUUCCCCACAUUGGCAUGCAACUUUCCACUUAGUAGUUCAAUCUCUCAGAUGUUCUCAAAUCUAUCAUGCGGCGGUUGCAUCAAUAAUAGAAGACAUUUUAUGCAAGAAGGGCAUUCACCUGCUUUUUGUUCUCAAACUAAUUAUUGCGUUUUAAUAGAAUAUAUUUUAUGCAGCGUUUUAAUAUCAUAUAUUAUUUAUUAAAACGACUCAAAACCCCGUGCAUUCGCAACUAAUUAUUGCGUAUAUUUCUGCUAAUUUAAUUUACUUCUAGUUUGCUAUGUUGUGAGAUGAAUACUACCUGUUGCUGUUGUAAUUUACUCACUUUUGGUAAGCCUUACAAUUUCAGCAUGCAACUUUCCACUUAGCAGUUCAAUCUCUCAGAUGUUCUCAAAGCUAUCAUGCAGCGGUUGCAUUAAUAAUAGAAGAUAUUUUAUGCAAGAAGGGCAUUCACUUGCUUUUUGUUCUUGCUCUUUCUAGUUGGCAGCUUUAGGACGCUUCAGUAAAUAAAUGGUUACUGGUACCAGUGAAGUAGCACACAAGCUGCCAAAUCCCUGCUCGUUCAAGGUGCAUCAUGCAAUGUGCAUGGAACUCAUGAGAUUAGUUGAUAGAAUCUCAAAGAUAUUACCAGAUCUAGAGGCAACACGACCUCGAUGCUUGUCGGGAAUACAGUCUCUGUGCUCUCUGAACACUGCGAUUGAUAAGGCCAAACUCCUUCUGCAACAUUGCUCUGAUUGUAGCAAACUAUACCUGGCAUUCACGGGACAUACGGUCCUCUUAAGAUGCUUAAAGGCAAGAAAUUCUUUUGAGAAAAGCUUGGACAAAAUUCAGAGUAUGGUUACAGUUUUAUUGGCGGCAGAGGUUUCUCAAAUAAUUGAUGAUCUGGGAUGUGCGACGUUUGUCCUGGAAUCAUCCGAAGAAGAGGCUGGGAGGGUUGUGAGAGAACUGCUGCAGAAAAGUCCUUCGACAUCGGAUUCAACCGAAGAUUACGAGAUUAAAGCUCUUCAGAUUGCAGCAGCAAGACUUAAUAUUACAUCCCCAAAGGCCAUCUUAAUAGAGAAAAGAUCUAUUAAGAAGUUGCUAAAUAAACUUGGGCCAAAUGAACCAACGAAAAAGAUGAUCUUGAGGUAUCUUUGGUAUCUAUUGAAAAAGCAUGGAAACCAUAUCAUGGGAGGGAAAAUUGGAAAGGUCCAUGCUCUAAGCAAUGAACCAAUUGCAACUGAUAAAUCAGCUCACAACCAUGAGUUGAGCAGAGCUGUCUCCCCUGAGGGGUACAGGUGUCCGAUAUCUUCAAAGGUGAUGUACGAUCCUGUAGUCAUUGCUUCUGGGGAAACAUAUGAAAGGAUGUGGAUACAAAAGUGGUUUGAUGAAGGUCAUGAUACAUGCCCAAAAACUGGGAAGAAAUUGGCCCAUAUGUCUUUGACACCAGAUAUUGCAAUGAAGGACUUAAUAUCAGACUGGUGCAGAGAUAAUGGUGUUACCGUUACUGACCCUCGCAGGCGAGCAGCAUAUUUCAACUCACGGGAAUCUUCCUUUGCUUCCAUUAGGAGCUUUAACGUUUCUUUGAAUAAAUUACACUUACCAGUGGAUCUUAGUAUUGUGUCACUGGGAUCAACAGAUAGUUAUGAUUCAGAUUCCUCAAAGAAUUUACCUGCUCAUGACUUAAAUUUAAUGCUCAUAAGAUCUAAUGACAAUUCUUACAUACAUCAAUCUCAUUCACACAUAGAUGGUGUAGAUUUAAUGCUUUUAUCUCAGUUCCCCGACCUUCAAUGGGAUUCUCAAUGCAAAGUCAUUGAAGAUCUGAAAGUUUGUUUGAAGAGCAAUUGCCAAGCUUUUUGUUCUUUGUCGUAUGACGAUUUCAUUGAAUCACUCAUCAAAUUUCUGAAUAAUGCAUAUGAUCUGCAAGAGACAAAAGCUCUGAAAGCAGGAGCUCAGCUGCUCUUUGAAUUUCUGAACAAGCACAGAAACAACCUAGUAUAUCUAAGUGAUGAUUCGUUCAGUAUGUUGGGCAAUCUUUUUGACUCACAAGUUAAAGAAGAAGCUCUUGCCAUAAUGGAAAAACUGUCCGAGUGUGAGCAUAUUAGAGCUAAAAUGGCAGCAUCCAGUGCACUCACUCCCAUUUUAAAGAUCCUUGACUCGGGGAGCAGAGAGCUCCAGCAACAAUCUCUUCGAAUAUUGUACAAUUUGUCCUUCAACAGUGAAGCUUGUCGCCACAUGGUCCCUCUCCAGUGCGUCAUCCCAGGAUUACUGCCAUUUUUUAAAGAUGGGACUUCGUUAAGAUACUGCAUAUGCAUGAUGAAAAACCUUUGUGAUACAGAAGAGGGCAGGGUUUCUGUUGCCAAAACCGAAGGAUGCAUAUCUGCUGUUGUUGAAAUACUUGAGACUGACAGUGACGAGGAACAAGAACAUGCAUUGGCUGUCCUACUCUCUUUAUGCUCUAUAAGUUUGGAUUAUUGUCGGCUGGUCAUGGAACAAAGGGAUUGGGUUAUUCCCUCCCUUUUCUUUAUCGCGCAAAAUGGCAAAGACAAAGGAAAGGCGAGUGCAUUGAAGUUGAUCGGACUUUUGACUGAUAUUGUAAGUGUUGAAAAUGAAGAAUGCUUGAAAUCAACUCUCAGCACUUCUCAAGAACGUAACCAUAGCUCUCAACAAAAGAAAUCAUCAAAAAUAUCAGACUCUUUCAAGAAGUUUUUGGUCGUGUGCUUUACAGGCAAGAGAUGAAACUGAAUCCUUCUUCAUUUCAGUCCCUUCGAUAUUCUUGAGAUCCUCAGAAACGAACCAAUGAUUAAGGGCUAUACCAGAAUCGUUCUGGUUUGCCGGAGCCCUAAUCUCGGUAAUUAGGUUGGUAUGGGCCAUGGCCUUCUUAUAGUAAUCUCGUCUACAGCACUUAUUCCCCAUUUAUAUCUACGCAAUGGGCAUGUUUGCUACCCAGUAACUGCAUGCCGUGGGAUUUAUUUUUCUUCUAAUAUUCAAUUGGUCCUGGACGAAUGUAUCAUAUUACUACAUGGAAUAAGUUUGUGAUAAGCAGGGUUUGUGAAAGCAUAUCAAAGCCUUCCAAAUCUCCCCCCCCCCCCAACAAAAAAAAAAAA